UUUGGCAAUCCUCGCAUACCAUCCAUGAAAAAGCUUAGUCAUCAUCGUCAUCCAUUUAUUAGUAUUAUUACUAUAUAAAGCUGCAAAUGGUUUUACCUCCUCUUCUCUGUAUCAAUCUCUCUCUGGUACGUAUAGUUUAUUGAGAAGGGAAUACGAAGCUGGCAUAGAAUUGAAGUAUUGGCUUUCUUGAAGUUAGUUUGUUUGGUUUGGGGGCAUUGAAAGGUUUUUGGAAAAAUCGGUGACAAAUUUGCAGAGAGGAUUAGGGAGAGAAAGGUGAGUGAGGUGAAGAUGUGGGGAUUAGGGGGUAGGUACUACUGGGGAAGAAGAGAAGCUGGGAAAGUGGAAGGAAUUGUGGUGGUUUUCGCAUGGAUGUCCAGUCAAGACCGUCACUUGAACAAUUACACCCAACUUUACUCUUCUCUCGGCUGGAAUUCCCUCGUAUGCCAUUCCCAAUUCCUCAAUUUAUUCUUCCCUGACAAGGCUACGUCAUUGGCAUUUGAAAUUCUUAAUGAGCUUGUCAAGGAGUUAAAACUGAGGCCAUGUCCUAUUGUCUUUGCGUCCUUUUCUGGUGGUCCAAAGGCAUGCAUGUACAAGGUUCUUCAGAUAAUUGAGGGGAAGUUUGAAGCGCAACUCAAUCUGGAUGAAUACCGACUGGUUAGACAUUGUGUUUCUGGACACAUUUAUGAUUCGAGUCCAGUUGAUUUUACCAGUGACUUGGGUACUCGGUUUGUUCUACACCCAACUGUCCUUAAGAUGUCCCAACCUUCACAACUAGCAUCAUGGAUUGCAAAUGGCAUUGCUUCUAGUUUGGACUCCCUCUUCCUCAGCAGAUUUGAAUCACAGCGCGCUGAGUAUUGGCAGACUCUGUAUGCCUCCGUGAGCAUGGGGGCUCCCUAUCUUAUUUUGUGUUCAGAAAAUGAUGAUCUUGCUCCCUAUCAAAUUAUCUGCAAUUUCGCUCAACGACUACAUGACCUUGGUGGAGAUGUCAAACUAGUGAAAUGGAAUAGCUCUCCUCACGUAGGUCAUUAUCGGCAUUACGCAAUUGACUACAAGGCUGCUGUGACUGAGCUACUUGGAAAGGCUGCUGUAAUUUAUUCUAAUAGAAUUAGACAACUGGAAGGAGAGGGCAUGGGCUUUGAGGGUACGCAGGAUGAGAUCUCCGAACCAUUUUACAAGCUGAAGAAAGCAGCAAUGACCUCAAACCAGAGCUUUCAGAGAGUUGCUCUUGAGCUGAAUGACCAUUUCUUUGUGCCCAGUUCAGUGGAGUAUCACGAGGACAGAAACAUUGGGUCUAUGCAGGAUGCUCAUAAAGAAGGCUUGAUCCGUGUGUCAAGCCCACCUCGUAUCAAAGCUGAUGGGGUUCUUGGUCAAAUCCUUUUUGAUGUGUGUGUUCCGAAGAAUGUUGAAGGUUGGGAUUUAAGGUCAUCACCCUCAUCCUCAAGAUGGCAUUCACCUUUCAAUCCUAUCAAGUGCAUGAAUCCUAUUAAAUGCAUUCGUCGCUCAAGGUUAUGAUGUAAUAUAUCCCACCUGAUGAUAAUGAUGAUGCAAGUUUGUUUCAGCACAAUGUCAAUGAAUAGAUCUGGGCAUUCAUAUUUGAGUCUGCACAUAUUUGGUUGAAGGAUGGUGCAACAUAUGAGCAAUGCUUUAGGCCAAAGAACGAUGAAGAACUGGGUGAGUAAAGUUAGCAAUGGGGUGCACUUUUGUGUGGUGACAAGGAAGGAUGAUGUUGUGGUGGCUUGAACUAAUCUGACAGAGAAUGCAUGAAUGUACAGAUAUUUUACCAGAGAAACACUUUUUGACUUAGUUCAGAGUUUCAGGGUAGAAUGGGACCCCGCUUUGUGUUGGAAGUAAGAGGAAGUUUGUUCGAGUGUGAUAUAUUCAUUGCAGUUGGUUCAACUUGAUUAUCCAAAACUUUGAUUACCUUUGUCAGUACUUCUGCACAAAUGUUUGAGGUUUUAAUGUUGAUGGCAAUAGUAAUAAAUAAGACGAGAAAGCUCAAAAUAUUUUGGUAUGCAUAAGAUUGAAUGAAAAGUAAUAUUUACUCUCUUGA